AUGACACCCUCUUCUCUCAGUGGACGUGUGUCACCAGGCCUUUCAGUAACGGCGGGAAUUUCACCCCAAACGGUGCUUCAGGCCGAGCUAGUCACGACUGUAGACGAGGAAUCCGUGAGCCGACUGGAACUUGUGGAGGCCGUUAACGCUGUAUUUAUGACCCUGUGCGUGGAUGCCGAGGCUGAGAGACGUCUUGACUUGGAACGGCAGGAGCAAUUGGUCUCCUUGGCUUUUAAGGAGUUGUCUAUUCGUCUUUCUAUUUACGCAGAGGAGGCACUGGGCAUCCCCACUUUCGACCAUCCGCCCUUUCCGUUUGUGUCGGAGACGAGUGCAGAGGUGGUGGCGCGUUUCUUUACGGCGUUGGGCACGACGGAUGUGAAGGGCGAGGCGGUAAUUGCGGCGUCAGCGUGUCGGCUUCUCUUUUUUCAGGCCAUUGGUGUGGAGAUGUUGGCGGGGCCGAGGACCGAACUUGUCUCCUUCGAGGAGUUCCGCCAGCUGCUCACCCGCGCCUGUCAGAGCGAGGCGGAGGUUGUGGGCAGGAUGCGGCGAUUUACGUCGGCGGCGAAGCGCCGGGAGAGACCGACGUCCCUCACGCCUUCGCAGGAGCUUCGCGUGGGUUUUUGGGCCUACCGCUGCGUGAAGCCGUGCGUUGUGGAGGACUGGCGGCGUGUGUGGGUUGUGCUGGAGGACGGCGCCCGGCUGGUGAUCCGGCGGCCGAAUGCGCGGGCAGCGGAGCUCACGAUUGCCGCCGGUCAUGUGAUCAAAUGCCGGCUGUCGUCGAUGCUUGCGACGCAGGCCCCACGCCCGUGCGCCAAGAACGGGUUGUACCUGCAGCUCUCCGUUGGCGCCAACCCUGUUCUGCUGCUGCUGUGCCCCCAGCGUGUGCUGCACGCCCAUGCGCUGGUUAAGAUGUUCCGCCUCGGCGUCAAGCGAGAGCCACCGGCGGUGGCGAGAGACGCCGUCGCGGAAAUGACGGAGGCACCAAAGGACAAAAAUGAAGACAAAAUUACUGCUGCUGCUGCUGGCGCUGGUGGUGCGAUUUGCAGGCCUGGCAGCGCGCCCCGUGCGACGAAGGUUUGGUGCUGUCGCGGCGGCUGCAGUACGUUUGUUCGCUCCGUUUGGGUCUUGGCGGGUGACGUCGUCGUGCACUCCACCGAGGGCGAACAGCAGCAGUUUACGUGGAGCCUGGCAACGGCGAGGGACGUCUACCUCGUCAACCAACUCGCCAUAAAGCCGCCGACGGGUGUGGCGAAAAAUGCCUUUGUUAUCGUUCACGAGACAGGCUCGCUGUUCUGCUGCACGGAGACCGCCGCUGCCCGCGACGCCCUCGUCGCGUACAUCAAACGGGUGCUGUUUAAGCAGUUCCUGCAGUCAAACCAAACACACACCUCCGCCCUCACGCCGUUGCGGCCUGGGCAGACUAAAGAGGGAGGGUGUGGCGUGCCUCUGGCCGCCGCGGCCCACCGGGUUCCGGGGGCUGCCCAAUCUUUACCUCGCUGA